UUUCAAUUGAUUUUUAACUCUUUUAAUAGUAUACUGAGUCAGUUAUGGCAAUGUCAUUUGAGAAGUGUGAACACAACUUGGAUCUAGUCAGGCCACUGAUCUUGGUUAAAUUACACCGUUUAGAAAACAAAAUUCUUUAGAUUUAUCUGGGAUUAGCCAUGACCUGAUUUGAAUUAGACGGUCCAUAGACUUAACUUCCCUACCCUACCCUUCCACAAAUUAGCAAACUGGCUCCUUGAGUGUUGGGAUUGCUGUGUCAUUGUCAAUUUUCAAUAUGGCCGACCACGAUGGACUGAUGUGUGAAUGAAUGAAUAAAAAUGUCAGCAAUUCCCGAACCUGCAGUGCCUCCACCUCCAACAAAACAAGACAUUAAAACAAAAAGAGAAUUGAUGAUUGCAGAAAACGAAGAAAGCUCGCGGAUUAAAGGAAUCGAAGAACAAUGUAAAAAAAUUGUAGUCCAGUCUCUCGAGUCUACAAAACAUGAAGGCAUCGCCCACGAUCACUGGGUCUUGUUCAACGUUGAUGUUAGACCAAAACUACAAGGAAGCGCUCCUAGAUGUGGACUUGUAGCACUAAGUAUGGCUGCAGAAAUGGCCAGAAUUUCAAGGGAAGGUGACAAAAGGAGUCAUCUUGAUUACUCAAAAAACACACUCCGUUAUGAUGAUGAUGAUAAUGAUGAAUCUGAACUAACAGCAAUUGUCAACCUUGCUAAAAGUCUUUCCUUUACGAGUGAAGGAGAGAUGUUUUCAGCAAGAAAUUUAGCUACACUGGCACACAAGUUUUAUGAUCUCAAAACUUUAGUGACAGAGAAUAGUUUUGAUGAUAUUCAAAGAAUAAUAGACCAUUUGCUUCGUGGUAAUCCUCUGUUGGUUCCUUAUGAUGCUGCUCCCAAUCAUGAACCUUGCUUAUUGAAAGGACGCAAAUCUCAUUGGGCAUUACUGACAGGAUUUCUAUGUGCAGUUGAUGGAAGCGCUGUUAACUGCUUGGAGCUUAAGGGAUCAAACAUCAAUGUUGAUUUUGAUCAAAAUGUAUCAACAAUACAUGUUAUUGAGAAACCAGGAGCUGAGAUACAAAGAUUUUUGUUAAACAAUAUGAUACAUUCUACUAUAUAUUUACUAGCGAGGCAACCCAAAUCUCGACAUGUUGCAAUCUGGUCUUUAAAUUCACUUCAAGAAAGUAAUUCUAAUUUAUUUGAAUUGAACGAUAAUAAAGAAAAUGCACAAAGCUUUGUUAUUCCAGAUGGAGGAGUGUAUGAAGGCCUUUGUAAAAAGCUCAUAUAUUUGAAUUAUUAAGGCAAUAAAGUUCUAAACAUUCUUUAAAA